AUGAAACUGGAGAAGAGGAAUGUUAGUGGAGUUGAGACUCACCAUUUCAAAGAAGCGAACAAGGAUGUUAAGAAAUUGGACAAGAAGUGGGGGUGGAGCGGUCUGUGUGAACGCAUUGUCUUCGAUGCUCACUGUGUUGAUCAGCAGUUGAAGGUUAUUCAGCAAAAUGUUUCGACAUCAAGUCAUGCCUUUACUAUUGACCGAAUCUUAUCCACAGACGCGCAACAAAGUUCCACUGUCAACGAUAUACCACAAAACAAGCCAUUGACUGCUCCUCUUAUAUCCCAAAGAGAAACAUUGGGGGUUGAUAAGACAAGGAAAUCGAUCAUUGUUUGCAAACGAGAACCAAGCAAUGCUCGAGAAUUAGUUCAGGAGAUGAUCGAGCGCAGAGAUGAAAGGCUAAGGUACGUCAAUGAUGGAAAUGCCAUCGUUAACCCAUUUGCGGUAAGCAGGAAGGAGCAGUUAAGCGUCCUCCGGAAGUCCCUCUAUGUGCGUCCAUACGCUUGCGAGCACUGCCCAAGUCGGUUCACACAACGCUCCCUGUUGGAGGGUCAUCAAAGCAGCGUACACCAAUUGGUGUUGGGGUAUGGACCGAGGCAACGUCGCGAGGAGCUCCGUAUCUGUGAGACCUGUGGAUUUGUCAAUAAAAGCUACGUAGCACUGCUGGAACACACGGUGUCUCAGCACCCCACCAAUGUGGAUACCAUUUCUAUGCUAAGAAUGCGAACUAGCUCCCACCGAUCACGAAAGGAGAAGGGGGAAAAGGACUUGAGUUUAAAUGCAAAUGCGUUAGGUGGAGCCAUUGAUCGUCUUGACAUGUUGACUUUCAUCAACGUUCGGGGUCAAAGCACGCGACUCAUCACACGCAACUCUUUCUAA